AUGUGCCUUCCAGCUGCGAGACCUCCAUCGCCAAUGCUCUAUUCUCAGCAUCUGCCUCUGAAACUCUCUACACACAAUUACCGGCAAGACUUCUACAUCAGGAAAACUAACGGAUUAAUGGAAUCAAAUAGUUGGGAAAUGGAAUUUUCAGAGCAUUUUCAUGUGUUUGUUGGUGAUCUUAGCAAAGAUGUGAGCAACGAAUUGUUGAAGUCGACGUUUCAAAAAUUUGGAGAAGUCAGCGAAGCCAAAGUGAUUCGAGAUGCUCAGACGCAGAAAUCAAAAGGAUACGGAUUCGUAUCAUUUCCCAACAAACAAAAUGCCGAGAACGCGAUCUCGGGCAUGAACGGAAAAUGGAUUGGAAAACGGGCGGUGCGGACCAACUGGGCGGCACGAAAAAACAGCGAGGAGAAUCGAGACAAAUUGACUUUCGAACAGGUGUUCAACUCGACAAAAGCGGACAACACGUCAGUUUAUGUCGGAAACAUUAGUCCACAAACAACUGACGUCGAUCUUCGUGAUUCGUUCUCAACAUAUGGUGAUAUUGCGGAAGUUCGUGUUUUCAAAACGCAGCGUUACGCCUUUGUGCGCUAUGAGAAGAAGGAAUGUGCCACGAAGGCGAUCAUGGAGAUGAACGGGAAAGAGUUGGCUGGGAAUCAAGUCAGAUGCUCUUGGGGAAGAACACAGGCUGUGCCCAAUCAAGCGCUUAAUCCGCUCCCGAUUGACCUGUCAUCGCUCAUGAUGCCCACUAUGAUGCCCACGACGAUCCCACUCAUCCAGAAUCCAUUCCUGAACUACGAGCCAGCCACUCUUCUGUACAGUUCCUUCCCUCAAUGGUGA